CCAACUGGAGACCAAGUAGUGGAAUGAACCUUACUUGUUGACUUUUUCCUGGUUGCUGAUUGGAUUCACUUGAAAAAGAAUCAUUUUCUUCUCUGUGGAAGCCACUUAGUGGCAUACUUAAUUCAAAUCCAGAGAUCACAAAACUUGAUUUUUCUGGAGGGACAUACCACUAUAUCAGAUAAGCUUGACAUUAUAGCCAAAAUGGUGCUGUCCCAGAGACAACGAGAUGAACUAAAUCGAGCUAUAGCAGAUUACCUUCGUUCAAAUGGCUAUGAAGAAGCAUAUUCCGUUUUUAAAAAGGAAGCUGAAUUAGAUAUGAAUGAAGAAUUAGAUAAGAAGUAUGCUGGUCUUUUGGAAAAAAAAUGGACAUCUGUUAUUAGAUUACAAAAAAAGGUUAUGGAAUUAGAAUCAAAACUAAAUGAAGCAAAAGAAGAAUUUACGUCGGGUGGUCCUCUUGGUCAGAAGCGAGACCCAAAAGAAUGGAUUCCUCGUCCACCAGAGAAGUAUGCUUUGAGUGGUCAUAGGAGUCCAGUUACUCGAGUCAUUUUCCAUCCUGUGUUCAGUGUUAUGGUCUCUGCUUCAGAGGAUGCCACGAUUAAGGUGUGGGAUUAUGAGACUGGAGAUUUUGAACGAACUCUCAAGGGGCACACAGACUCUGUACAGGACAUUUCCUUUGACCACAGUGGCAAGCUUUUGGCUUCCUGUUCUGCAGAUAUGACAAUUAAACUAUGGGAUUUUCAGGGUUUUGAAUGCAUCAGAACCAUGCACGGCCAUGACCACAAUGUCUCUUCAGUAGCCAUCAUGCCUAAUGGAGACCAUAUAGUAUCUGCCUCAAGGGAUAAGAGCAUAAAAAUGUGGGAAGUGCAAACUGGCUACUGUGUGAAGACAUUCACAGGACACAGAGAAUGGGUACGGAUGGUGCGGCCAAAUCAGGAUGGCACUCUGAUAGCCAGUUGUUCCAAUGACCAGACUGUGCGUGUAUGGGUUGUAGCAACAAAAGAAUGCAAGGCUGAGCUCCGAGAACAUGAACAUGUGGUAGAAUGCAUUUCCUGGGCUCCAGAAAGUUCAUAUUCUUCCAUCUCUGAAGCAACAGGAUCUGAGACUAAAAAAAGUGGCAAACCUGGACCCUUCUUGCUAUCUGGUUCCAGAGACAAAACGAUUAAGAUGUGGGACGUCAGUACUGGCAUGUGCCUUAUGACUCUUGUGGGUCAUGAUAAUUGGGUGCGUGGAGUUCUGUUCCAUUCUGGGGGGAAGUUUAUUUUGAGUUGUGCUGACGACAAGACUCUCCGUGUGUGGGAUUACAAGAACAAGCGAUGCAUGAAGACCCUCAGUGCGCACGAGCACUUUGUUACCUCCUUGGAUUUCCACAAGACGGCACCCUAUGUGGUUACUGGCAGUGUAGAUCAAACAGUAAAGGUGUGGGAGUGCCGUUGAUUGAGUCGCAUUUGGUUCUUCCUCCCUUUUUUCCUCUGGAUGCACUCUGAUGAUACCAUGGUUAUCCCAUUUGAGCUCUGUUUAAAUAAAUAUUGUCCUUUCAUGUAAAUUAUUCUGGAUGUAGAUUGAGCUUAUUAAAUGUUACACACAAAGUAUUCAUGCAUGGUGAAUCCAAAUUGUAUACUGUAAAUUUACAUAUGUUGUCUAGAAGUACCAUAGGGUUUAAAAACCUGGGCUGGCAUUGGUCACACCAGGCCUACAAGGGCAGAAGUUGAAUAAAUUGAACUAGGGCACUAAACUGAACAGUUGACAGUGUCAUUUUAGGUUGGACUAUUAAUUAUUGUUUUCCUUCCUGCUAUCUGUUGGUGCCUGACUUGAUGGCCUCAUUUUGGGGAAAGUGGUGGUUAUUAGGGCUUUUUCUGAAAUGUGUAUCUAUGUAACAUCACUUAAGUGUGCUUAAUAACUCUUUAAGGGUGUUAGAUAUUAAGACUACAAUUCAGAAUCUUUUGCUCCAUCUAUGUAAUUAAUGGGGAUUACAUACACAAUGAAGUUUUUGUCAUGACCCCAUUGCCAAAUCAAUAGGAUAUGUUUGUUUUGGCAGCCUAUCAAGCAAAGGCUAGUGGUAUAUUUAUGUAAGAAAAUGAUCGUAAAUCUCAAGAAAAAUCUCAGCAGCUAAUAGUGAAUCCGUUUUUCAUUUGGGUCUUACUGCUUUGUAAAC